UUGACAUUUAGUAGAAGUUAUAGAAAAUAAGCAAAUCACGGCGAGUUGAAUUUUUAAACCCAGCUAAUUUGCCAAGAAGUUAAAAAAAGUGGUAUAAAAUGAGUUCUAUAGGGACAGGGUAUGAUUUAUCGGCGUCUCAAUUUUCACCGGACGGUCGGGUAUUUCAAGUCGAAUACGCUAUGAAAGCCGUAGAGAAUAGCGGUACCGUAAUAGGUCUCAGAGGCACCGAUGGUAUCGUACUUGCAGCCGAGAAACUCAUCAUGUCUAAACUGCAUGAAACCAGCACCAACAAACGAAUUUUCAAUAUCGAUAGACACAUAGGAAUGGCGUUUUCUGGUUUGAUAGCAGAUGCCAGGCAAAUUGUGGAGAUCGCACGAAAGGAAGCAUCGAACUACAGACUUCAAUACGGCACAAGCAUCCCUCUUAAAUACCUAAACGAUCGAGUGAGCAUGUACAUGCACGCUUACACUUUAUACAGUGCUGUCAGGCCGUUCGGGUGCAGCGUGAUCUUAGCUAGUUACGAGACCGAUGAACCCAAUAUGUUCCUAAUUGAUCCUUCGGGUGUUAGUUAUGGCUACUUUGGUUGUGCAACAGGCAAGGCCAAGCAAUCGGCUAAAACCGAAAUAGAAAAGCUGAAAUUGGGGAAUCUUACUUGCAAGGAGAUCGUCAAAGAAGCUGCUAAAAUUAUUUACCUUGUACAUGAUGAAUUGAAAGACAAGAAUUUCGAAUUGGAACUGUCUUGGGUGUGCAAAGACAGCGGAGGCCUGCACGUUAAAGUACCGGAAUCGGUCUAUGCGGAUGCUGAGAAAGCUGCCAAACAAGCAAUGGAAGCGGACUCGGAAUCUGAUACCGAAGAAAUGUAACACCCAGUAUAUAUUAAGUAUUUUAUACUUUUUUUCUUAAAUAAAUUGUUUUCAAAUUUCAUAUACCACUU